AUGGGUUUACCCAGAAACUGGGAGUACAUUUUCGUAUUACUUCUAGCUAUUUACUAUGGGUAUUACCAAUGGAACACGGGGGUACCUGAAGAUUUCCAAAAACGACUUAAGGUAUUGCCUGAUGAUUUUGUAAGGAGUCAACCGGCUAUGAACAAGAAUUUUGCCUAUGUUCAAUAUGCAACUGAUUUGACAUAUUUGCAACUUUCCAUUGACAAUCUAGUGUCCUUGGAAAGACCAAGAGGUGAUCUAGUUGUAGUAUAUAACGAGAGGCUUCAAGAAACCAGUGAGUUCAUUAAUAUCAAUCGAAAAGCACAAAUGUUCGGAAUAAUAUUGAAACCGGUUCCUCUUUUAACUAACAAUGAGGACAAUAUUUGGCACGAAUCAUUUACGAAACUUCACAUAUUCAACCUUGAUUACGAUCGGAUAGUUUUCUUCGAUGCCGAUAGUAUGUUGAUAAACGUUGAUAAAAAUCUCAUAAAUAAACCUACAAACAUGAAUGAAUUAUUCAACAUUCCAUGGGAAAUUGAUAUUGCUAUGCCUCAGGCAUAUUGGCUUUCGGAUCAGCAGUUGGCUCAUAAAUAUCCUGUAGAACCUCGUAGCUUGCUAUCUACCAAACAUAAAUUCGAUAACAGAAGGUCAUUUUUUGCUAGUCACGUUAUUGUUCUCAAACCCAACAAGGUAAUAUACCAAGAAUUAUUGAAUUACGUAUAUAAUCCCUGGUGGUGGGUCAUUUUCCAUCGCUCCAAACUUAGAAAAUCGACCGAUUUCGAUAUGGAGGUGGUGAACAAGUUUAUUGACGACAAUUUACAUAGCGGGGAUUUCCAUUUCGGGAUAUUAGAUCAUAGGAUUUAUGGGGUUCUCACAGGGGAAUUUAAAGAACAAUGGCAUUCUAAAUUCUUGAGUGAUCCCGAACUCCUUCCAUAUUCGAACCAUCGGUCUAAUGAUGGGUGGGAUAGUUUUAAAAUAAUUGAAAAUGUUAAGUUGAUCCACUUUUCCGAUGAACCAAUACCUAAACCUUGGAUCCCUCUCGAUAAUUCAGCUCACUACAAUACCUUUAAAAUAUAUUGUCGAAGUGGGGAUAUGCAGACGUAUCAUGAAACCUAUCCUGUCAACAAACCAAGACUUGUUGAGGAUUGUGAUAGCGUGGAGAUUUGGGAAUGGUUGAGACAGCAUUUUGAGGUGAGGAUAAAUGAUCGUAAAGAUUAG